AUGUUUAUAAAUAAAAGAAAUACAAACUUAAAACAAGAGCAAAUAGUUAGAUUGCAUCAAGCAGGUCUUUCUCAUUAUCGAAUUGGAGAAAUAUAUCAAUUAAGUGAAAGAACUAUUUAUCGUAGGAAGAAAGGAACUAAUAAAACCAGCAAUAAAAGAGGUCGGAAGACUAUAAUCACGGAUGACAUUCUUGUAAUUCUACUUGAUUAUGUGAGUAAGAAUAACACUAAAACUCAACAAGAAGUAUCAGAUUACUUGUUUAAGGAAACUGGGAUAAUGAUUAGUCAGCAAAUUAUCUCUUAUACUCUAAAAAAGCAUAAGAUUACUCGAAAGAAAAUAACUUAUCACUAUUAUGAAAGGUCAGAUAAAAGAAUUGAGGAAUUUAAGCAAGAAGUUAAAUCUUUGCUUAAUUUACCUAUUUAUGCUUUGGAUGAGUGUAGUUUUCGUUUAGGAGAAUCACCGAGAUAUGGAUAUUCGCAAAAGGGUAAGCGAGCAGCUUCACAAAGAAUGGGUAAAAGGAGUAUUAGUUAUACUUUAAUCUUGUGUAUUCAAAAUGUUAAGAGAAAUGGGGUAUUCGGUUAUGAAUUGAUUGAGAGUGGUGCUAAAAGCAAAGAAAAUUAUCUGAUGAUGGAUAAUGCUCGAGUUCAUCGAGCAACUAAAAGUUGUCAGAAAUUAGGAUUAUCAACUAUUAGAGAGUUGUUGACAAGUAAGAGAGUAGAACCUAAAUAUUUGCCUCCUUAUACGCCAGAACUGAACCCAACUGAACUAUGUUUUAACUUUUUGAGGCAACAAAUAGAAAAACAUAAACCUAAGGCUAAACGAGAUUUAGAAUUAGCAAUCA